UUACAAGGAUUGUGAGAGGAUAUCUCGCCAGUUUAUCUAAAAACACACAAGAUAGAAUAAAAAUAAGAAAAAGUCUUUAAGAUGGAAAGGUUCCUUCAGUGUUUGCCUUUUGACUUUGCCUUAAAGUGUUUGACUUUAAUUUAACCAAUCAGAGAGGCUGACACAUAUAUUCCAGAUGGCUGUUGGCUGAUGGAGUCAAGUUUCACAGUUUGACAUGUGCGUAUGUUUGAGGUCUCGCUUAUACUGGCUAAAACACUGUUAACUGUGAACCCAUAGAGCUUAAAAUAUCUUCAACCAAGUGUGUUUGACUCGAAGAAGAAAACAACAUAAUUUUAGAGAAAGCUUCCAGAUUUACAGAACUCUUUCCUGGCAUUUUCAGCCGGGAGGACAGAGGAAUGGCCAUUCCAACCAUGUCUCACUCUAGCAGGCUUCAGGAGGUCUCUACACUGGUAUAUCUGGACGAGGGUGCUUCAGCAUCGGGCACAGAGUGUAGAGACGAGGCAAGAGCUUUUGAAGAACCAGGGCAAGUGGCCACGGAAGAAGUUGGAAUAUCAUACAUCAUGGCACAGCCAAGAGGUGAGGAACGUCAAACCUUUGGCUUUACAUGUAUAGAAAACAGCAUCAUCCAGUCUUGCGCCAGCAACAGGUUCCUGUCAGAGACAAAAAGAGAGAUGAAAGCUUCUCUUAGUUCCCUCAGAAAAUGUCACAAGAAACACAGAACCGAGACUGAAGACACAAGGACAACAUGGGACACAAGUAGAGACAAAGACAGUGGACAAAAGAGCCGGAAAGACAGAGCGAGAAAGAGAAGAUCAAGAUCUGAAGCAAAUGUUAGACAAAGAAACAAUCCUUCUGUAUUAUCUAAACAGAAGAACGGCCGCUCCUCAAGAUGCUCCAAACACAGGAUCCACGGUGUCGUCAAGUUCUGCUCUACACCAGGGUGCUUAUCUUGGCCUCAACAGGUCACUCAAACUCCUGACUUCCAAAAUACUAGUGUCCAUCUCUGGGAUUGUCCUCAGGAAAUCAACGCCAGCAUUUCCCGUUUAUUCCUUCACGGGUUGGAGGUUGACUUACCCUCUACCUUUGAGUCUCAAAGCACAAUAUCCAACCAUUUGGAACCAAAAUCUGACUCUGAGUCAGCAUAUAUUUAUGCUGAAAGCAUCAAAUGCUGUGAUUCCUCUUGCUGUACCUUUCUAGCAGACUGUGAUGCCCACAAUCUCUGUUCCAAAGAUCACAUAGGCAGCAGGCGAGACCCUUUAUCUGUCUGGAACAGCUUUGAUGAAGCAGAAAGACUCAGUCGAGACUCAGAUUGUAAAGACUCAGAUAAUCUGAACGUCUCGAAUGACUAUAAAUCAAGCAGCAACACGUCUGGUUACAGUAUGGAAGCUACAGCAGGCUCCGAAUCUUCUCGUUACGGUGCCAGGUUCAAUGCUAACUGCUUUGAGUCAUUCUCAGUUGAUGACGAUUUUGACUCUACUUGUAUUUACACAGACGAGGAUCGGAGACGCGACAGAAUGGCAACGGAUUGCCAUUACAGUCUCGCCGGGGCAGAAUGGGGUUCAGCGUCCUCUGUAUUCAGCAACAGUUCUGAGAGUUCAUGCUACACCGCUGACCGCGACUCUGAGUCUUCAUACUGUUCCAUGGACAGACGAACCUACAGCUCUGAUUCGGACAGCUGUGUCUUAGAGGGUCUUCUUGGUGAGUCAUCUGUUAAAGGUUUUGAAAAGAUUUACUUUGACUCGCUCAACAAACAUUCCAAAAAUGGAUCCUGUGAUGUGUUUGUGCCAGAAUUUGAGGGUUUCUUCGACUCAUAUGAUAAACAAGAUAUCCACAGAGACACAGAUGAAGAGACAAGUUCAGAUUCAGAGUCGGUGGAUUGUCCUGAACUGGAUACAAGUGAACUGUGGGGAUUUGUGACUCAAACGGAUCGCUGCCACUUCUUAGGGUUUUUUCGUGAGAUGAUUAAGGAAGCAACACAGGAGAAAGACAAGGAGAAAAAUAAUGUAAAUGAGGGAUUUCUAUUCCACCCCAAACAGUUUCUCCAGGUUAAGUAUUCAGAAUAUCGUGAGGGUCGUGAAUACUCAUUUCUCCGCCACAUCCAGAACGGUUCGUAUGGAGAUGUCUUCAGCAUCCGAGACAAACAAACAGGAUUUACAUGUGCCGCCAAGAGGAUUCCCCUUUGUAGUUUUAGGUGGGAGGAAGUGGAAACAUGGAGCCGACUGGACUCUCCUCAUGUUCUCCAGCUGUAUGGAGCCGUGAGAGAAGGACCCAAUGUGAUUCUCUUCAUGGAUCUAAAAAGAGGUUCUUUAGCUCAGUUGUUGAGAGUGAGUGGUCCUCUCUCUGAAGAACUGGCCCUGUACUAUCAUUCUCAGGUGCUUCAGGCCCUUGAGCAUCUGCACAGCAGACGUGUCGUACACCUGGAUGUGAAAGUUGAUAACGUGUUGCUGUCUGAGGAUGGCAGACAGUGUUUCCUGUGUGAUUUUGGACUCUCUGAGACACUAAACCUGGUAGGAUACAGCACCAAAACCUUCAGAGGAAACAUUCUGCGUGGCACAGAGUCUCAUAUGCCCCCAGAGGUUGCAAGAGGAGACCUUCGUUCAGCUAAAGCUGACGUCUGGAGCAGCUGCUGUAUGUUACUGCACUUGCUCAAUGGACACCAGCCCUGGACACAAUACUACACUCAUCCUCUCUAUCUAAAGAUUGUCAGUGAGCCCCCACCUUUGUGGGAGAUUCCUUCUGACUGUGACCCCUUGACCUGUGAUGUCAUCAAAGGGGGGCUGGUAAAGGAGCCAACAGAGAGAGACUCAGCAUCCGAACUGCUGCAGAAGACUUAUAAAGCACUCAAAACAGUGCGUAAGGUCUCUAGUCCUGAAGAAUCAACCAGGCAACAUUUAGCUCCUGUCAAUGAGGACUGGCCAAAUGUCAUGUCAACUCAGAAGACCCCAGACUUCACGGACAGAACAAUAGAUCAUACCUUCCCAAAUGACCUCUCAGCACCUUCAGUCCACUGGGUGAGCACAUGGAGAGAGCGAGCAGUGAAUGAAGAUGAGUCAGACUAUAUGGCAAGAGAUUCGGCAGAGGAGGGUGAAUGGGAUGAGGAUGGAAAGAUAAACAUGUGGAAAAAGGACAAGACGAGCAGCUGGAUGGAGAGAUACUGGGUGGUGGAGGAAAAUAAUGAGGGAAAUGUUGAACAAAACUACGUAGAAGAUGAGAGAGAAACCAGCAAGCUUGAAUCAGAUGAAGAGACAGACAUUUGUGAUAAAUACAUUUCAAAAGUCAAAGAGAACUUUGAGGAAACAAAAGAAUGGACAGAUGAAACAGGUGCUGAUAAAAACAAGAGCAAUGGUGUGCUUGAUCAUCUCCCAGAAAAAAGAGUGGUGUUUGGAGAGUGUGAUGAAAAGAACAGAAGAGGUGUUUUAGAGGAAGCAGAGAGCUGUGAUGGAGAGAUCAGAAGCUUUGUGAGUGAUGGAGAGAGUUAUGAUGAAGUGGAGAGUGAUUUGGAGAGUCUUCGAGAGCUGGGCAGCGACUGGGCGCAGGAGGAAUGGGAACCGUUCCUACAGUUACAGACACUUUAUCUCCCAAAAGAAGCUCACCUGCAAAGUCAAGAAGACAGCUACUCUGAUUCUGACGAAGAGUCGGUCACACUGAAGAAGAACGGGCAACAUGAGACAAAUUUACCUGAUUCACGCAGACCCCAACCUUUAACCUGUUCCCACCACCGUGACUUUGAGCAAGACCUUGCUGAUGAGGAUUCUGAUGAUCUGAGCUCAGGGGUUUUCUCCUCCUGUAGCACUACAGACAGCCAGAGUUUCAAUGUUGAUUGGUCAGUGUCAACGGCUCAGACAUCAUCUUGCUACUUUGAGGGACUUGGGGUUGAUAUAUGGGUGGAAGAUGUAAGCGGCGAGAGUUUAAAGAUCAGAGAGAGGCCGCAAGUGAAAAUCGGACAUGUUGCCGUGGGGAUCAGUGAACAGAUAUCUAUGAGAGCCUUUAGUUUGGCCACUCUGGAUGGGCGACUCGUUUCUCCAGACACAGAGGUGUGUGAGUCAGGCAUGUGGUUGCAGUGUGUCCCCGCUCCUGACGGAAACCCCAGUUGGGACUGGAGGGUCAGAGAUGGAAAACUAGAGCUGCAAGACUAUGAUGAACAUUUGGAUACCUGUUCUACACUGCCACUCUAUCAAGAGUGACCUCCACAAACAAACUAGAGUUUUAGAUGUCCCAUUCCAUUCUAUUUGAGCCUUGCUCACUUAAUUUGUUUUGGGUUCAGUUAAAGGGAUACUCCACCCAAAAGUGAAAAUUCUCUCAUCUUUUAUUCACCCUCAUGCUAUUCCAGAUGUGUAUUACUUUCUUUCUUCUGCUGAACACCAACAAAUAUAUUUAAAAGAAUAUCUCUGCUCUGUAGGUCCAUUCAAUGCAAGUGACUUUGAAGGCCAAAAAGCACAUAAAGGCAGCAUAAAUGUAAUAUAACUCCAGUGAUUAAAUCCAUGUCUUCAGAGACGUUAUGAUAAGUUUGAGUGAGAAACAGAUCAAUAUUUAAACCCUUUUUUCCUAUAAUUUAUCCUUCCUGCCCAGUAGGUGGCGAUAUGCACAAAGAAUGCACAUCGCCAAAAACAAAAGAAGAACUCUUCUUAGGAGAAAAGAGCGCUUGGGAGGGCUUAACUGGAGAUUUAUUGACUGAAAUAUUAUUCUGCUUCUCACCCAUACAUAUCAUAUCGCUUCUGAAGACAUGGAUUUAACCACUGGAGUCGUAUGGAUUACUUUAAUGCUGUCUUUAUUUGCUUUGGGGAGCUUCAAAGUUCUGGUCACUCACAUUGAAUGGACCAACAGAGCUGAGAUAUUCUUAUAAAAAUCUUAAUUUGUGUUCAGUAGAAGAAAGAAAGUCAUACACAUCUGGGAUGGCAAGAGGCUGAGUAAAUGAUGACAUUUUCAUUUUUGGGUGAACUAUCCCUUUAACAAAUUCAGUUCAGUUGCAGCUUCAUGCAAUGUGAACUAACCUGUAAUAACUGAGUUUUAUUGAAGAGAUCAUUCACUAUUUGUGUUUUUGAGAUUUUUAAAUAAAGAUAUUUAAAAGUCUCAAACUACUAAGCGUAACCAUUAUGUAUCAGAAAUUUAUAUGAGAGAAUUAUUUUGCUGCAAAUGUACUGGUUUACAUAAAAUUGUUGUUUAUAAAGUGUUAUAGUUUUGUCUCGAAGUCAAGCGUUUUAACUUCACUGAAAAUAACAGGGUAUGUGAAAGACCAGACUGAGAUAUAAUACAUAAAAAAUUUAUUAUAGAUUUUAUUAUUUAAAAAAAUAUUUUAUUUUAAAAUAUAUAAAUGUAUCCUAAGUCUGUAAACU